UCCCCGCACCCAACCACCAUUUCUCCAUAUCGUAAACUUCUCACCACCACCACCACCUCCUCCAUCUCAACAACUCAACCCACCCUCGAACUCGACCUCAAGUCACACCCGCGACACCAAACAGAAUGCCACCUUCACCACCCUCACCACCACCACCAACCACAUCCAAACCAAUCCCCAACCCCCGCCGCCUCCUCAUCCUCACUCCAACCACCCACUCACAAACCAUCAUCCCUCCCCUCCUCCACACCUUAACAGGCACCCCAGUCACCACGCCUCCAACAACCACCACCCCGACCCCUCCUCUCUCCUCCUCCGAAACCCUCGUCCCAUCCAUAAACACCACAACAACAACCACAACCUUCGCCGGCUACACAACCCACCCCCCUCUCCACCUCAGCAACAAAUACUACAGCGCCGACAUCCCAAUCUGGGUCGACGAGAUCCCUCUCGCCUCUACUACCUCACCCACGCCCACCACCAGCGAGGGAACCACAAUCUCCCCCUCCCAAUGGAAAACCGAAUUCUCGUCCCCGGAAGCCCAGGUCGUUCGGGACGCUAUUGGGGCUGUGAUGAUUUGCUUGAAGAACCCGGUAUAUAACCCUUCUCUUGGGGCAAAUGAGGGCGUGGAUGUGGAUGUGGAAGACCGUCCUGAGGUGCGCAGUCUUAAGGACUUUGUGCAGGCUGUUGGGGAUGUGAGGGCUUUGAUCGAGGAGGAGAGAGGGUUGGGGGAGGUGCCGGGGUUGGUUGUUUUGGUUGGUGAGGAGGCUGGGGGGUCUUCUGCGAACGGAAAUGGAAAGGGGGAGGAAGAGGAGGGGAUGGAAGAGUUGGAAAUCGAUGAGCCGUUUUCUGUGGGGUGGUGGGAGGAUCAGGUUUGUGAGAUGGGGUUGAUGGGGAUGGAGGUUGUGAGGUGGGAUGGUAGUGGGAAGGGGGAAGAUGAGGGGAGGAAUCGGUAUGGUGAAUUACAGGGUAUGCGCCGGAUUAAAGAGGUGUUGGAGACGCACGAUUGGGCUGCGACGGAGGAUGGGGAGCCAGGGUUACUGGAUGAUGGGUUUGAUGAUGAGCUGGAACGAGAGCUGCUGGGGCUGGAUGAUGAGACGGAGACCGGGUUCGGGUUGGAGGUGGAUGAGCUUCAGCGGGAAAUGGUCGGGUUGCGGAUGGCCAUUGAGCGAGGGGGAGGUGAUGGAUUCGAUGACGGGGAUGAGGAGGAUGAGGAGCUGCGGGUGGAUGCCGUUGAGGCAUUGCUGCUCCGGAUGCGAGCGAUCAAGGAUAUGAGCGACGAGUUACCAGAGACGGAGCGGAAGCGGUUUGCCGCCAAAGCGGUGCGAGAUAUCAUGAAGGAGUUAUAGUUGUACAUGCUACUUGUAAUCUACUUUCAUAUCACCAUCUACCACCACCAUCUACCCAUCUAUCGCAUAUCCACCACGAUGUACAUAGACCAGCCAACACACCCCUAUUUCUUCUUCAACGCCUUACGCCUCUGCGCAAUCAUAUGCGUAUACAGAAUAUACGACCCUAAACCCAACCAUUAGCA